ACCCCUCUCUCUCUCUCUCACUGUUCCAAUUGCUUGGGACGUAGCUCGAAGAAUCGAGUGAGUUCUUCAGACCCCCCCAUUUCAAUCGUAAAAUUUCCCGCAAAAUUUGUGUUGCUUACCUGUUGAGGGUUUAGGUUUUAUCUUAUUCCUCAUUUCUUCUCCUUCUCUGUCGUUACAUCGCAGAAGGAUUACGGGAACAUCACUUCAAUCUUCAAUCAGGCAGCUUCAACGAAGGAAAUCGAAAGUGAGAGACCAUGUCAGUGCUUAUAGUGACAAGCUUAGGAGAGAUAGUUGUGGAUUUGCAUACAGACAAGUGCCCUCUGACUUGUAAAAACUUCUUGAAGCUCUGCAAGAUAAAGUAUUAUAAUGGGUGUCUUUUUCACACGGUUCAGAAGGAUUUUACUGCACAGACUGGUGACCCAACCGGAACGGGUUCUGGUGGCGAUUCCGUCUACAAAUUUUUAUAUGGUGAUCAGGCGCGCUUUUUCAACGAUGAGAUUCAUCUUGAUUUGAAGCAUUCUAAGACAGGCACGGUUGCAAUGGCUAGUGCGGGAGAGAAUCUCAAUGCUUCUCAGUUCUACUUGACAUUGCGUGAUGAUCUAGACUAUCUUGAUGGAAAGCACACAAUUUUUGGUGAGAUAGCAGAGGGGUUUGAGACAUUGACAAGGAUCAAUGAGGCUUAUGUGGAUGAGAACAACAGACCCUUUAAGAAUAUCCGAAUCAAACAUACUUACAUAUUGGAUGAUCCUUUUGAUGAUCCUUCACAACUAGCUGAGUUAAUUCCCGAUGCCUCCCCUGAAGGAAAACCAAGGGAUGAGGUUGAUGAUAAUGUGCGGCUUGAAGAUGACUGGGUUCCUCUGGAUGAACAACUAGGUCCACUAGAACUUGAAGAGCGUCUUCGUGCCAAAGACGCACAUUCCAGUGCGGUUGUACUUGAGAGUAUUGGGGAUAUUCCUGAUGUUGAGAUAAAACCUCCCGACAAUGUGCUAUUUGUUUGUAAAUUGAAUCCAGUCACUGAAGAUGAGGACUUGCACACAAUUUUUUCACGUUUUGGAACUGUUCAAGCGGCUGAUAUAAUCCGUGAUUUCAAGACUGGAGAUAGCUUAUGCUAUGCAUUCAUAGAAUUUGAGACCAGAGAAGCAUGCGAACAAGCAUAUUUUAAGAUGGAUAAUGCUUUGAUUGAUGACCGGAGAAUACACGUGGAUUUUAGUCAAAGUGUUGCAAAACUGUGGUCCCAGUACAGGCGCAAAGAUCAAAAGGGCAAAGGCAAAGGGUGCUUCAAAUGUGGUGCACUUGAUCACAUUGCCAAGGAUUGCACUGGUGAUCCUGCCAACACACAGCAACCUCAAAAGUACAUAUUGAAGGAUGAUAAUGGACAGCGUGGUGGCGGCAAGAACUCUAGUUAUGAUAUGGUAUUUGAUGGAGACACUCCGGAAACUCCAAGGCAAGAAAAGAGAAGUCAAGGUCACAAUAAUGACCACGGAGUUGAGAAACAAAGGAUGAAUAGGCGGAGUUCCAAGGAACCAAGGCAUAGGGAUCGAGAAAACAAAGACUCAAGUUAUAGGGAUAGGCACAGUGACAGAAGUAGAGGGUACAGAGAGGAUUCAAGUCAAGACGGUAAAGCAAAUCAAUCCAGUGGAAGCAGAAGUGGUCGAGAUCAUCCUGAAGACGGAAGGGAUAGAGAUAGGCGUAAGGACAGACAAAGAGACACAGAUGACAAGACAGAUCAGCGUGAGAGCAGAAAGAGAGAUGCAGAUGAUGGUAUCUAUGCAGACAGGAGGGGUGACAAAGACUAUAGGAGGAGUACAGACAGUGAUAGAGAGAAUCACAAGGAGAGGCAGAGAAACAUAGAUAAUAAGGUCGAUCAGCGGGAGAGUGGAAAGAGAUAUGCAGAUGAUGGUGAGAGGGGUGACAUAAAUUACAGAAAGAGGAGUGCAGACAGUGAUAGACUAGCGGGACGGAGUAGUGACAGUGGAGAUUAUAGAAAGAGCAGUGUAGAGAGGAGGGAUGAAACAGAGUAUAAAAAGAGAUAUGUAGAUGGUGAACGUCGAGACAAGAGAGACGACCCAGUCCAUAAGAAAAGAAGUGCAGAUGUUGAUGCCCAUAGAGGUAGAUAUGUAGAUGGUGAACGUCGAGACAAGAGAGACGACCCAGUCCAUAAGAAAAGAAGUGCAGAUGUUGAUGCCCAUAGAGGUACAAGGGAAAAAGAACAUAGAAGGCGAUGAUGACAUCUUGAUCCCGAGAAAUGGCACGAGAUGUAUAAUUUUAACCUCCGAAUGUUGCUUCAGACAUGUUUUUCUUUUUGUAGGAGUGUACUUUUCUACCAAACAAAUUAUAGGGUUUAGGUCUGUGUCUGAAGCAAAUUAUAAAAAAAUUGGAUUUGGGAUUUAGGUCUGUGUCUGAACUUUUGAAUCAAAUCACGGGGGAAGAAUGAAAUAUCAUGAACUUUUUUAACAGAGAAA